UUUACAAAUUACAAAAAGGCUGGGCGGAGCUAAUCGCUUUGUUAUUUUUGUUUGUGUUUCUCGUUUCUCGCUCGCUCGACCGCUCGUUGUCUGCAUUGAAUUGGAUUGGCUCGCCGAGAACCAAGAAAGGAUAACGUAAACUUGUGACUAAUUCGGUCGGAACAACGUGAAAAACCCAGGUCGGUGAUAUAUACUAACCUACCUUCUUUCGUUCGUAUCGUAUCCUUGAACGGUUGAAAACAGAAAUCAAUAUUGAAAAUGUCGCUGUAUCCAUCAUUAGAAGAUAUGAAAGUGGACAACAUGGCUCGGGCUCAAAUAGCCCACCAGUAUCAAGCGCCGCCGCCUAGCUAUGGCCAUCACUCGGCUCCCUCUGCCCCGAGGACUCUUUCCGGGGCGAUGUACCCCUCUCUUGGAGAAUACAUGGGCCUUGAGCUCUCUUCUGAUGUUAUAGCUCUUAAUAUGCCUGAGUAUCAAAUCCAACCGGUUGCAGCCAGUGGUGGCGUGUCGAAUGUAAUAGCACCAAUAUCAUCUCAAUCCUUGACUCUGGCCAAGGCAACUGUUACUCAAGCUAUUCGUCAAGUCAUUUUGUGCAAAGACCAGCAGGGGAAAUGUGGCUUACGUCUGCAUUCGGUCAACAGUGGCAUGUUUGUGUGCUAUGUGGCUGCGGAGAGCCCGGCUGCCCUUGCUGGCCUGAGGUUCGGAGACCAAGUGCUGGAGAUCAACGGCACAUCUGUAGCCGGCAUGACCAUGGAGCAGUGUCAUGACAUGCUUAAGAAAGCCGGCACUAAUGGGAUCACUUUGGCUGUCCGUGAUAGGCCAUUUGAGAGGACAAUCACUCUUCACAAAGACUCCUUGGGCCACAUUGGGUUCCAUUUCAAGAAUGGCAACAUUGUUGGGCUGGUCAAGGACUCGUCUGCGGCCCGCAACGGCUUGCUGACUGACCACCAACUCCUGGAAGUCAACACUAUAAAUGUGGUUGGAAUGAAAGAUAAGGAGAUAUCUAAGGUUAUAGAUGAAAGUCCAUCUGUUGUCAACAUCACCAUUAUUCCGUACUACAUAUACAAGCACAUGAUAAGCAAGAUGUCAACUUCAUUAUUCAAGGACCUGGACCGCACCCCCGCCGUGUAACCGAGACGCCCGCAGAUGACCUAGAUCACCUAGAUGUAAGACCUAUAUUACUGCACGAAUUAGGUAUUUAAUCAUUUGUAACAUGCACACAA